AGGUGGCCACGUCACACGGAGGUGAACUUGUUUAUUAUUGGAUACCAUCGCAACCGUUCGCUGGCUAAUACCACUGAUGGUUAAAAAAAUAAACUUUUAAAAGCCACGAUUUAGUUUUCAGGUGCAUUUUGUACACAGAAUGAAUUUGCCCUCAAAUUUUCGAGAAUGCCGGCAGGUCAGAGUGAUGUGAGAGCAACGGCAAGAACCCACUUUGACGAGGUUUUUAGGCGAUAUACAAAUCCUACUUCACAGAGGAAAAAGCCCAAACAGCAAUCUGAGCAUCUGCAGGAGAAUGUUGAGCUUCACACUUUAAAGAAAAACCUUACCAAAGACAUUGAGGAAGAUGAGACCAUUCUCAAUAACACAUAUGACCCCGUUCAGGGCAGUCCAAGGUACACGAAGAACAGGCGCAUGGAGAAUGAGGUGUUUAAGAAAGCCAACAUCAGUAAUGUGGGCGAGGAAAUGCCCACUGCAAUCUCAGGAAGAAAGAAGAGCAAAAGAGCACUCCCUCCACCGCCACCUGUUCAAGAUGAAGAUGAGAGUGACAAGACUGGCCUGAAGUCUGAAAUAAAACCUCCUGCUGAGGCAGAUUUGGGCCAGAAGAGAAAGGGUAAAAAAGGGAAGAGUAGAAAGGGAGAUGAUGCCGGUGUUACGAAAGCAGAGUCUGAACGUGAAGAUGAUCUUCUUCAGGAGUAUCAGCAACAAAUUACACAGGAGGAGCAGAGGGCUCUGAAAAAACCCCAGAAAAAGAAACCAAGUAAAACACUGCAAGACAAAACUGUAUUAAACAAUGAAUUUGAAAAGAAAAAGAAAAAGAAGAAUCUGAAAGGAAGCAAACAUGAAAGUGAGCUUCCAUCAACAUUCGUCCAAGAUCGGAUGGAAUUAGCAGCUGAUAAAGCUAAAUCACAGGAAGACUUUCCAAAUGAUGUCCCAGAGGAGGAGGAAGAAGAGGCAGUCAAGCCCAUAGGCAAAAAGAAGAAGAAAAGAAAGCAAGAAGUGAUAGUACAGGACAGUCAGACAGAAGUGGAUGCAUCUCCUAGCCAGGCUUUCGAUGAUGGCCUGGUGCUGGGAGUUUACAUUCACCGUACAGACAGACUCAAGACGGACCUUCUGGUGUCGCACCCCAUGGUCAAAGUCCAUGUUGUGGAUGAAAUCACUGGACAGUAUGUCAAGAAAGAGGAUAGCCAUCGUCGAGUGUCUUCCUUUUACGAACAGGAGAAUGUCGAGCAUAUCCUUCCCAUUAUAAGUCAGCCUUUCGACUUCAAGAAACAAAAGUCAACGGUUCCUGAGUGGGAGGAGCAGAUUAUCUUUAACGAGCGCUUUAGUUAUUUUCUGCAGCAGAAUGAUGAAGCGCCAAAAGUCAUCCUUUUUUUUGAGAUCCUCGAAUUUAUGAGCAUGGAAGAAGCAAGGGCAAAUGCUGCCGCUGACCUGAGCGAGCGAGGGUUUCGCAAAAUUGCUUGGGCUUUUUUGAAGGUUGUAGGGACCAAUGGUGUGUUGAACGUUGGCAGUAAACUGCGUCUUCAGCUGUACAGCCCUCCACCCAGAGCUAGGAAAAAUCCACAAACACUCGAGGUCUUUCAGUGGUGGUCAAAAUACCCUUGGAACAGAUAUGCCUCAACUCUUUAUGUCACAGUGAAAGGCCUCAAACUACCAGAACACGUGGACCCCAGUAUACGCUCGAUGAUGGCCCUGCAGCAGGAAAGGGGCAGCACCUCAUACACCGAUCUUCACACUGAACUCACUCAGAAGACUUUCACCCAGCUGUUAGAGAGCAAAUCAGAUGCCAUGAAAUGGAGCCGUCUGCCUGGACAGGUGUGUCGUAUUCCUAAUAAACCCAUGCUGUCAUUCCGUGGAGGUCAGAUGGGCUGCUUUGCUCUCCGUUUCUCUCAUGAUGGCAGAGUCCUGGCUGCUGCUUGUGCAGACAAAGAUGCUUUCCCUGUUAUAGUGUAUGAGAUCCCCUCAGGUAAAGUCCUAGCAUCUUUUAAUGGCCACCUCAGUAUCGUCUAUGAUCUCUGCUGGACCAGAGAUGACACAUGCCUGCUGUCAGCAUCCUCUGAUGGAACAGUCAGAGUGUGGAACGUUGAAAGACUCCAAGGACUUGCUCAGAAGAUCCUCCCCCAUCCAUCGUUUGUGUACUCUGCCCAGUUCCACCCUCAAGCCCCCAGCCUGGUGGUAACUGGGGGCUAUGAUGGUCUGCUCCGAGUGUGGAAUAUAGAUGUUAAAGAUGUGAACGGACAACUCCUGCAAGAGUUUGAAGGACACAAGACUUUCAUCAACGCGCUGUGUUUUGACAGUGAAGGAAGCAGGAUGUUUUCUGCAGACAAUGCUGGCCUGAUUAUUGCAUGGAGUACUAAAGUAGAGGAUGGAGCACUGCAUGGAUCAACACGUCUGUGGCAAAUUGAGAAAGAAAUAAAGGAAAGUGAUCUCAAUGGAAUUUCCGUCAGCUCACUAGAAGUGCAUCCGAACGGAAGGCGUCUUCUAAUCCAUGCCAAAGACAGCGUUUUGCGAGUGAUGGAUUUGAGAAUCUUUGCUAUAAAGAAAUAUAUAGGUGCCACAAAUUACAGGGAGAGGAUCAACAGCACCUUCACCCCAUGUGGAAACUUCAUCUUCUCAGGCAGUGAGGACGGACUUGCCUAUGUGUGGAACGCUGAAACCGGUGAUCAAGUGGCUGUGUACUCAGAGCUGUGCUACCCAACUGCUCUGCGUGGAGUGGCUUUCCAUCCCCAUGAGCAUUUAGUGGCUUUCUGUGCCUUUGGGCAAAAUCAGCCAAUUCAGUUAUAUGUGUAUGAUCGGAAAGUUACUCAGUUGGAGCUGGAGAGUAUGAGAGCGCUGAACAGAUCCGACACUGCCGUGAGUAAAACGUUGAGGAAUCAGACCGAGAUCCUUGCAUUCCAGGAUACUUCAGCCUCUGGAAUGGACCGAUUUGCAAAUGCUGCUCGCAUGUCCCUGAAGAUGCAGCGAGUUAAACAGAAAUUAGACUCUGUUCUGGAGCCACAUCGCAAUACUUCUGGCAUGGAAUACCUCUACGACCAGGGAAGCAUGUCUCAGUUGGGGAGGGGCUUAUCCCAAGAGGUUUUGCAUACUUCUCUCCCGGCUCCAUCUUUGCUUUCUCCUCACUCCAAUCUGCAGCUGUCCAGCUCACUUGGUGCUCAGCUAAUUCCUCAGGCCAUGUUCAGCUCACAAACAUAUGGCUCAGGUGCUUUUGGAUAUCCCAUUAGAAGAAUGCCGUCAUUAAAGCAAAGGAGUCUACCAGAUUCUGAAUUUCCAUUACAAGUUGAAACUGAUGUGGAACAAGUCCAGCAGACGGUUGUGACCCUGUAUGACUACAACGCCAGUCGCUCCGAUGAACUGACGUUACGCCGCGGUGAUGUGAUCCACGUGCUGCACAAAGAUAAUGACAACUGGUGGUUUGGAUGCUUAGCCAGUGGACACCGGGGCUACUUCCCAGCUGCCUAUGUGGCUGAUGAAAAGGGCUUUGAUGAAGAGCUCUCACGGGCAAUAGAGGCACAACCCGGACCCUUGGAGCAAAUAAGUGAAGGAGGUAAUAGAGCCACGGGCACCAAGUUGUCUGCAGCCGUCAGUGCCUCUGGGGAGCUUAAGAUAAUCUCAGAGCAGGAUACUGAUGCUGAAGCACCUUCUCUUAAAAUUAAAAAGAAGAAGAAAAAGAUGAAGAAAAGCGAGCUCUCUUAUGAUCUUCCAUCCACCUCAUCAGCCGAUCCUGUACCAUUUACCAGAAAAAAGAGACCUCUUCCAAGAUUAGGACAAACCAACAGUGCUUUCAUUUCUGACGCUACAAAUCAGGAAUAAGGGACAGACUGGGGUGAGAAUUAAUACUGAGAAGAAAGGAAAAGUAUAUGCAUAUUAAAUCACCAGAGCAGCUGUACAUAUUUUUUUUUUUACAAUCAAGCCUUCAAAGUUGAAUGUAUUUUGUAAUUUUAUAAAUGUACAUUUUAAUAACCAAUAAGCAAUCUCAUGUUUUUUUUUUUUUUUUAAGUGUUGAUAUUUAUAUCUGCUCAUUUGGCAUAACUUGACU